UUUCUUCCCCAUACCGAUGACCUGAACUGUACAAGCAAGAUGGCGCUCCCCACGAUCGGAAGCGUGAGAAAGCUUUGGAAUGUUACUUGCUUUGUGAAGCGAUUUCUUUCCAGUGAACCAGCGACUUAUACUCAGAAUAAGGAGAAUCUCAUUUUCUCUGGUAUCCAGCCAACAGGAAUCCCACACCUUGGAAAUUACCUAGGGGCCAUCGAAAACUGGAUCACGUUGCAAGAGCAUGACAGUGCAGUCCUUUACAGCAUUGUGGACUUACACUCCAUCACUGUCCCACAAGAUCCAUCUGUGCUUAGACAGAACAUACUAGAUAUGACUGCCAGCCUCAUUGCUUGUGGCAUUAACCCAGAGAGAUCAGUUCUUUUUCAGCAAUCUCAGGUACCUGAACAUGCUGAAUUGGGAUGGAUCCUUGGAUGCUUGAUCAGCAUGCCUCGUCUUAGACAUUUACCACAGUGGAAGAUAAAAAGUGGACAGAAGAAUGAAAGUAGUGUUGGAUUGUUUACAUACCCAGUUCUGCAGGCUGCAGAUAUUCUUUUAUACAAGUCUACACAUGUUCCAGUUGGCGAAGAUCAGCUAAAACAUCUAGAACUAGCCCAGGAUAUAGCUCGUUCGUUUAACAAUAAGUAUGGUGACUUCUUUCCAAUUCCCAGACCCCUUUUAAGCUCAGUCAAAAAGGUGAAAUCAUUGAGAGAUCCGUUGGCCAAGAUGUCAAAGUCAGAUCCUCAGACACUGGCAACCUUGUACAUCACUGACUCUCCAGAAGAUAUUAUACUAAAAAUUCGCAAAGCCGUGACAGACUUCACUUCUGAAGUGACAUUCGACCCAGAAAGACGACCAGGUGUCUCCAAUAUGGUUACUAUCCAUGCUGCUGUGUCUGGCAUGAGUGUUGAAGAUAUACUUAAUCAAAGUCAAGGACUUGAUACUGCACAUUACAAGCAGGUAGUGGCUGAAGCAGUUAUACAGAAAUUUACGCCCAUCAGGGAAGAGAUUCAGAAACUCCAAACUGAUCCAGGAUACUUGUGGAGCAUCUUGAAUCAUGGGACUGAAAAGGCUAAAGAAUUGGCAGUUCCUCAGUAUCAGCAUGUUAAAAAACUGGUUGGGUUUUAUUAAAAACAAGGAGCUUAUUUUAUUCUUCUGGGGGGGAAAGAAAAACAUAACCGAUCCAAAGAUGAUGUUCAGUAUCUUUAUUUUCCAAGAUGGAAAAAUGUGCUAAUGAAAUUUAUUCCAUGGGUUCAGCAAAAAUAAUUCUGUAUUUUGCUUGUAUUUUAAUAGAAUCUAAAUUAUAUAAUUGAACUCUUUCCCUGCCUUUUAAAAUUAUGUCAGUUGUUAUCUACUUUUGUAAUUGUAACAUUCAUGUUAAGAAAAAAGUUGAACCUACUAAAUAAUGACCAGCUUCUGUGAAGUUGCAUUUGAAGUAAACAACUCAGUGACACCUUUGAAGAGAAUAAACUUUGAAACUAAAUUGUAUUGCCACAACAAAAACCAUGCUGUUUUAAAACUUGAAACUGUGUUGGUCAAUGAGAAAUAAACUGGGUUUUUAUUUUU